AACACGAAGCUGACGCCCCUCAGAUCAUCUUGUUUGUUCUUUCAGGAUGACCUCUCUCUUCAGUUUGUGCUGUCAGGCUCUUAUCUUGUUUCUGUGUUACGCAGAUUGUGGCGCUGAGAUUUCCUGUAGAAAUGAAGCCGGGCAGCCUGUUGAUUGGUUUAUCAUCUACAAGCUGCCCAGGUAUAAGAUCGGCGAGGUGGGCAGCGGCGUGGACUACAUGUACCUGGACUCUUCACUGAAGAGCUGGCAGAUGAGUAAAUUCAUGAUUAACGCCAGUCAAGGAGCCGUCGCGAACACACUCAACCAGCUGUACAUGGGUGAGGUCUACAAGUCCAACAACUCAGCCUACGCACUCUACAAUGAUGCUCCACCAUUGAUGGACUACAUCCAAGACUAUGGACACACUAAAGGGGGGCUGCUCUUUGACCGCUCUCAAGGUUUCUGGCUGUCGCACACCGUUCCCCAUUUCCCCUCGUUCCCAGAGAGAGGCUACCUUUACCCCUCCUCCGGCAAAGUCAACGGCCAGACUGCUCUGUGCGUGACCUACCAGUAUGAGCAGUUUCUCCACGUAGCAAAGCAGCUGGUCUACCUCUACCCACGUGUCUAUAACUGCUCUGUACCGGCUGCGUUCUCGGCCGACCUGCCCCAGUUGGCCCAGUUAUGUGACGGCACCAAACCACCGCUGACCUCCGAUAAGAGGGUGCAGCAGCUCGUCUCAGUCCAGGGGGAAAAGUUUUUCAGUUUUGUCAAAUCCGAACGCUUCGUAGAUGAUAUCUACACAGGCUGGGUGGCGCAGGUCCUGGACGCCGACCUGCUGGUGGAGUCGUGGCAGAGACAAGGUCACGAUCUGCCCUCCAACUGCUCCCUGCCCAAACACGUCAUGAACAUCAAGAGGGUUCAUCUCCCCGGAUCGCUCCCGUUCAAGUCCUACCACGACCACUCCAAGUGGUGUGUGUCGCAGGGUUAUGACAACAACGUGACCUGCCUGGGGGACAUGAACAGGGAGACAACCCAGCUGAAGCACGGCGGGGGGCUGAUCUGCUCCCUCAACCCUCUGAUUUACAGGGCUUUCCGACAGGCGGUGGACUGGUACAUUGGCUGUUGACUGAGAGAGACGGACAGAACGAUGUGGACUCUAUGAGUCUGUCACUCAGAGGUUUAAAGAGGUUUUGAAUCUGUGCAGGUGUAGGCAUCCCUUUAAAGGUCCAGUGUGUAGGUUUAAGAUGGAUCUGUCAGCAGGGUCUUAUAACCUAAAUCUAAGAGUUGUUGUGUUUUAGUUGCCUUAGUAAUUUGUUCUUUGACUUUAAGGCCACAGGGAUAGGUGAGGUGAGGGGUAUCUGUUGGAAUGCAUUAUGCUCUUCCACCACUAGAUAUCACUAUACCCCACAACCUUUUAAAAAGAUACAAGAAUUUUUAAAACAUUAGCUUCUUUAAGAGCUUGUACGCUAAGUGAAUCUUAGCCAAGUACAUUCAUGUAGUUCUCAUAUCACAGUUAAACAUCACUCUAGUAUUUUGUUGUGACUCUUUCUUUAAUAAAGCAAAAAAUAAUAUUU